AUAGGCUUACAUCCGUUACAUGUUCUGGGACGCGGGCCCAACACCAGACCACCCACGGCAACCAGAUGUUUCAGUGAGCGAACCAUAUAAUGGGUAACGUCACAGGAAUCGUUAGAAUGAAGGAGUACACGGAAUCAGCUACGCAACAGGGCCUCAACAGUCGCCCUUCUUCGACACGCACUGUGGCUAUUCCAGAAGAGAGGAGAUGUGACCUUGCACACGGAGAUCGCGCGGUGUCUCCGGUGCAGAUGGUGCUCAGCGAGCAACAGCUGAGACAGAAUGUGGAGGAGGAUCUCAAGCCAUCCACGAAUGCGGUUCUCAGAGAUAGUACACCACUCCAAAAUUGCGCUUUCGAAGAGUACACCGCUUUGAACGACAGCCCACACACUUCUCAUCCUAUGGCCUUGCCUCAGUCUACGUCAGAGCUGGAAAGGAACCAGAGCCGUGCGCAGACAUCCCACACGCAUAACGAUGGUAGUGGAUGUUCUCUCCUGGCACGGAGUCUCCUCAUUUCUCUGGGCGCACUCGCAGGAGCCUCCACUAUCGUGGGUAUAAUAUCGUGGCAUCUCUUCAAAGAAUCCCGGAGUGUGGAACUAUCUCCCAACGACUCGUCACUGCUGAUAUUGUUGCUGAACGGGUCGGCAUUCCCCCACCGCAACGACCUGCGAAUGUACUUGGACGAUGACAACGGCACCUGGGCACCUAUUGGUCUGACGUAGGGACCCGUAAUGAAGCACCAUCAAAAGAAGAUCGUCUUCUGCAAGACAUAAGCGCGCUAUACCUUUUUGUUUCGUUUUGGAUUUUAUAGUAUCACUCCUAUUAUUGUGGACCAAUACAACAAUUGAGCGAUAGCAUA